UAAGCAAGAGGAUAAAAAUAGGAGGCAACUACCAUCACCAAGGCAUCAUCCAAAGGAGGAGCUACCAGUCCAGCGGUGUGGAGAGCAUCUGAGAUGGAGAAAAUGAGUAUAGAACAACUAAAAGCAUUAAAAGAACAAACAGAUCUUGAAGUCAAUCUCUUACAAGACAGCCUUAACAACAUCAAGACAGCCACUGGUCGUCUUGAAAUCACCGCCACUUCACUUCAUGACCUCUCUCUCCGUCCCCAAGGAAAGAAGAUGUUGGUGCCAUUAACUGCUUCACUUUAUGUACCUGGUACACUUGAUGAUGCUGAUAAAGUUCUUGUUGAUAUUGGAACUGGAUAUUUUGUUGAGAAAACAAUGAAUGAAGGGAAAGAUUAUUGCGAGCGCAAGAUUAACUUGUUGAAGUCUAAUUUUGAUCAGCUUAUUGAGGUAUGUUUUCAAUCAUUCUUUGUGUUAAGGAUGUUGCGGAAUUGUUCGCAUUUGGAAAAAGUAGCACAGGGCACUUAGUUUGGUUUCUUUAAA